AUGAUUCCAUAUGUCUUUCUCAUCAUUCUUGCAAUGGCUCAAGGAAAGACGUUACCAGGCUCCUGUAGGUUUCAGGAGACGAUGUGUGACUACACCUCAGAUGAAGCUUUUCUCAGCUGGAACCUCAACCCUAAUGAGCAUUUCAUCACAGUGGACGUGACCUCGCAGGGAGACAGGGACAAGGCAGUUCUGUUGGGUCCUGAUGUGGAGCUGCAGGACUGGAUCUGCCUUCGACUCAUCUAUCAGAUCACCGGUGCUGGUUCACUUCAGGUUCUCUCUCGUUCAGAGGGAGAGAGUUUCGACCACACGCUCUGGUCAGCCAGCAGACCCUCAGACAGCUGGAUCAUCACCACCAUUGACCUGCAGAAUUCCACCGAACCGUACAAGACUGUGAUUGAGGGUGGGCGUGGCUUGGCUGAAGGCAGCAGUGUGUCCAUCUUUGAGAUCAGUAUUUCGGAUAAAUACUGCAUUAAGUGUGAUUUUGAGGAGUCUCACCUGUGUGGUUAUACCAGUCAGUGGAGUGGGAAUGUGAACUGGUAUGUAGGGAGAGGAGCUCUGAACAACCCUGCACUCAGUGAUGGGACGGGUCGUUACAUGUAUGUGGACUCGAUUCACUGCAGAACUCUGAAGGAAGCGGCCAUGCUGGUGUCACCCAUGACUUCGGUGCCCAUGGCAGGCUGUUUGAGUUUUCAGUACCAGCAGGACUACACAGAGGGUCACAUGUUCUCAGUGUACAGCAGGGACCGGGUGGGGCAGUACAGGGAACUGUGGAGAGCAGACCUGCCUGAGAGCAACCACAUGGAGCAGGAAGCCAAAACUCAAGUGUGGAUUCCUGUCCAGGUGCCCCUGAGCACCCCCUAUCCCCUACAGGUGGUAUUUGAAGUGUGGUUUAACAGUCCAAAAGGAGGUUGUGUGCUGCUGGAUGACAUUGUGUUUUCUCCAGAAUCGUGUUCUGCAGGAACAGAGCCCGUGUUUGACCCGUCAGAGACAGACUGUGACUUUGAACUGGGUUUCUGUCACUACACACAGAAAAUGACGGAGAGUGAAAUGUGGAAGCGGGCCUCAGUGCGGCCCAACGUGUACCGCAAGGGAGAUCACACGAUCGGGAGAGUUAUCACCUUUACUCAGUGCAGCCUUUACCAGACGGACAUCAGCUGACUGUUCAGACCGUCUCUGCCCGGGAACCACAAGUACUGCCUGAAGUUCUUCUACUCUUUCAGAGGUUUCAGUGCAUCUGAGCACACUUUAGCAGUGUACCUGUAUAACAGCAGCACACAGAGACACGCCCAAGUCUGGACCCCGAGUGACAGAACAAGGCACGUGUGGAUUCACGUGGAGCUCAGUAUCCAGACUCACAGAACCACUCAGGUGAUGUUUGCAAGUACGUGUAAAAGUUUUUGGAACUGUGGUUCUGCUGCUCUCGAUGAUGUCAGCCUCCAUCUUGGUGACUGUGAGCUACCGUUAGGUUCUCCUCUGUCGGUUCCACCACACUGAGACUUUGAGAAUGGACUUUGUGGAUUCACUCAGGAAAAAAAGCGUGAUGUCGCAGACUGGGUUCUGAUCCGAGGACCGACGCCGACCUCCUACACCGGACUGAAAGCAGACCACACCACUGGAGUGGGUCAUUAUUUGUACAUUGAGGCCUCCCUGAUGCUGCCAGGUCAUAGUGCCCGCCUCCUGCCCCGCCCCCUCUGUGGUCGUCGAGCAGCUCAGUGCCUGCUCUUCUUCUACCACAUGUAUGGUUCUGGAAACGGUUCUCUCAGAAUUCUGCUGCACUCGGAGCUGGAGGACGGAGACGUGGUGCUGUGGGAGAGGACUGGAGAACAGAGCAUCUCCUGGAUGAGAGCGUCAGUGUCCUAUCAGUCCGACCAUCAGCACCAGAUUGUGUUGGAAGCCACCCAAGGGCCAUCGAUACUGAAUGAUACUGUGAUUGAUGAUAUUCAAUUCCAAAAGGGACCCUGUGAUGAUGGUGGUCAGUAA